AUGGCUCUAACAAAAGACCCAUUCCUCCAAGCAGAGUUGGCCAAAUGGUGUAAAGAUGCUGGCAUUGAUGAGACUCAUGCUUUAAUGCUUUUAAAUGUACCUGUUCACACCGAAGUGGCUGAAAUUGAAGAGGCGAUGGAAGCAGUAAAAGCGUUAGGAAGAGUUCGUGUAAGAGACACGAGAGAAGGACCUACCUCACGUUCUCUGCUGGUAUUGUGUGAGUGCAAACAAGCCAUUGACCCUAAGCGCAUACCUACUGACGUGUCCUGGGGAGAAAAGAAUGAGCCAUGGUCAGUCAUAGUAAUUCAGACACAGGAAUCUGCAUCUGACGCAGCUACUGGAGGAUUUACUGAAAAGCUUGCAAAGUUCUUGAUGGAAGAAGGAAAGUCUCUCAGUGAUAUACAAGCUUUGAUUUCUCCUCACAGUGCCCCAGACAGUUCCCCUGAGUCGAUUAUACGCGCCAUGGGUGAGGUCUUUGCAAAAACAGUAAAGCUCCCAAGUGACAGCAACGCUUAUCGUCGCCUGCGCACCUUGUCAGCCGCUGUUCCAACCCCUGUGGGAGAGGAGAAUAUGGAAACUUGGAUGGACCAAGCCAGGCUGAUGAUAACUGAGUGUGACUGCUCUGAAAAAGAAAAAAGACGAAGAAUUGUGGAAAGUCUCAAGGGACCUGCAUUGGACAUCAUAAGAGCUGUUCGAUUUUCAGAUCCUGAAGCAAGUGCUUUGCAGUAUUUGGAAGCGUUGGAGAGCACAUUUGGAUCAUCUGAAUCUGGUGAAGAUUUAUACUUCAAGUUUCGUCUUAUGCGCCAGGGCACCGGGGAGGCUCUGUCUGAAUUUCUGAGAAGAAUGGAGAAGACUCUUAGCAAAGUAGUGGAAAGAGAGGGACUGUCCCUCAGACUGGUGGACAAACGGCCGACACCAUCCCAGUCUGCCUCCACGUCCUUAAGAUACAAGACAAGAGAUGACUACUUCUGCUACAGGUGUGGAGACGACGGUCAUAUUGCAACAAAGUGUCAAGCUCCACCAAAUUCUGAUCAAGUGAUUCAAAAACUGAUUCGUUCCUUGCGGCAGGCAAAGAGUGGGAAGAACGAGAUGGGUGAAGAUAGAACUGCAUCAAACCAGGCCUGUUUCUCCAAAAAGAGCCAGACAGACAUCUACAACUCCAGCCGCCUUCCCAAAGGUCUAGUAGGGCCAGCAUCCACUGUAGAAGUGAAGCUUAAUGGCUGUGGGUGUCAAGCACUAUUAGACAGCGGAUCACAAGUGACGAUAGUGUUUGACAGCUGGUACUCAAGGAACCUGGUGCUCAAGUAA